GACGUCGUAAAAUGAAGAGCUUAGUCCACUCAAAGAUAGUAAUUUACUAUAUAUUUACUAUACUUAAUUUAUACUUAUUUAAUUAAUUCAUUAUAAUACUAGUUUACUAUAUUUGGUUCCCUUAAAGUCGUACAGAAUUAAGAGUUACAUUCCCUUGACAUGGCAGACCCUUACCACCGCAAGUAGGAGAAAGGAGAAAAAAAAUCUAACAUUUUAUCACAAAUUUCAUAGUAGACAGUAUGUACUGAAUGUGUAGUUGAGAGACUGAAAAAGUGACGAAAGUGAAAACUUAAAGAGAUAUGAAGGUGUUGAUAAAUUGAUCGGAGAUAUUGUAAAAUGCUGACACUCCCAACCUACGAAGACACCGACGCGAACACACUAAGCUACAAAGGAACAGGAGCCAGAGAUUUAAUUUUAGCCGACGGGCAAGCUGUCACAACUUUCUAAUCAAUUUCUCAACGGUAAACGUCACCAAACUCACCUUGGCCGUCGACACGAAAAGUUCGACACGUCAAGACUCGCUGCGUCGUCUUCCGUCCCUAUGCAGACGAUAUCUGUGAGACCCAGACUAAUUUUUAACAUCGUAUUCUUUUUUACAUUGCUCCAGACUGAAACUGGAUGCAAAGUCUACGUGGAGACAAAUUAUGUUCAGGCCUAGCUAGUAUAUUUUCAGAAAACAACCAAAAAAAGUGUGAUCGAUAAGUUUACCGUUGUUUUUCGCUGUAAUGAAGUGAAAGACGAUACACACGACACGAUGCGGGUAGACGAUGAUAAAGCUCGUGCUAAACAGGAAGAAGGGAACGGUGACAUCCAGAAAAACAAUAUGCUCAAGCCUCGGAUUAACUACUGUGGGAUUUGUGCAUGGCAGUAAAACAAGUUACAUCUUCCUGCCACAUUCGACGACCUUUUCCCUGCAACAACAAACUGCAUCAAGUUUCGUGCGCACACAUUGAUUAGGUGAUCCUUCACUUCAUCUGGACGAAGAGCUCGAUACGAUGGCGACACGUUUUGUACAUGUUCUGAUGUUCAUCUCCAGCGUAGUGUGGGACUAUCCUGUGACAAGAGCCCAGAAGGCGGGCGAGCUGUGCGACCUUAACCUGUGGUAUAUGGACAUGGCGGCAGAAGGCGCUUUCGAAGGCGACCUCCGUCAAGAGCAGCGCGCGGUCAAGGAGCGGAUCGAGGCGCUAAUUGCUCGACACCGCACCCAGCCCAACGGCGGCCGCAUCAGCUGCUCCACCCUCGCCACCUUCGAGAACAUUCUGCUCAACAGCCGCAGUGACAAAACACCACAACGAUCUGGAAACGCCGGCAGCCCUACGCGUGGAAACUGAGAGCAACUCCCGUGACUUCAGAACCCCGCGUGAAUCUGGCAGAAGCUCACAUCAAGCGGACAUUAAAUUGUCUGAGACUAGCAGUAGUCCUCAGGAUUGCAAUCCAGAUGCUCCCGAAAGAGACUGUCUGACAAAAGGUGUGAAUGGACUCGCUGGUGUUGAGCGAGAUACAAUAAGAUUUUCAACAAGCGACAAGAAAAUGGCGCAACGACGCAUGCAGCUCGAUACGACAUACACCGAGGAAGAUGACCGAAGGUCUUCUUUAAAUAACCCGUAUAUCGCAACAUGGAGAAAAGAUCGAGCAACGACUUUAAGAGACGAUAAGGUGAGGGAAGAACGAGAUCCAGGAUCGUCAGCAGGAGAGAAGACGAUAGUGUCUGAACUUGUCGCUUCGGGUGGCGGGUCCAUGCACGAGACUCUCGCCUCUACGCCAGAUGGAGCUAAUGUAGUGGGCUUGGGUAGGGAAACGUCGAUGGAGGUUGAGUUCAAUGGGGGUGAAAGUGUCGACACAGAUGACGCCGCCAUGGACAUGUCACGGCAGUCGUCAUCAGGUAAGGUGGAAAGUCACGUGGGAAAGUCUGGGCUAAAAGGAGCAAUAGGUGCAGAGCACGCAGAUAUCGGCACUACGUCGCUCACAGCGCCGGGAAGGUCGUCUGCAGACGACACGAGCAAAGAAAAGGAGAAGGAAGAGGCGAAAAGUAGUCAGGCAGAAUUCAUUUGCGAACAUAACUGCUCGUCAGCUACAGAAGAAAACAAAGAAGAAACAGCCAAUAAGAUCGUGGCAGAAACGUUUCAAGAGGGAAUGACGCCUACGUCAAGACUUCAGUGGAUGGUAUUCCUCAGGUCUUCUCAUCUCAGGAAUCUUCAUGGACAAGACGAAAGCGACGAGAUAGUGGGUUGCGUCCCUUGUGGACCUGCCAGUACUUUCAACAAUUCAAGUGUUCGGUAUAUGAACGCUUCUUUCAUGCUUUAGAAUUUCCACCCUUUAAAACCACAUCGGUACACAGACGUGUGAACGUCUGGGCAGUGUGUACUUGUCCACGUACGGUUCAGAAUAGAGGCAAACAAAGCAGUGAAAACAGACCAUAUGUUUGUCGGUAUUAUGAGAUUAUGCAAAGUAGUCUCCUUGGACAUUUACCAUACCAGCUUUCUAACUUUACUGUUUUCAAACGUAAACCUGCAUCCACUUUAAGAACAAGACAAAGCGACCUUCCAGGGGUGUGUUCUUCCUUGAGUUUAUUUUUGCCAGUAGCACACCAGUGCCUUGUUAAUGAUCAGGGCGACGAUGUAAAUGAUGUACACAAAGAUCACAAAUUUAUGGACAAUGAAACAAAGUCUCCGAAAAUGGGGGCUAGGGAUAUGAUUUCAGGCGAGGAAGCUAUAACAAACAAUGACAUGCAAUCAUAUGAUAAGACUUUAGAAGAGUUGACGCUGGUGCCAGACGUUGAUGUGUUAUCAAGUGGUACUGUAGCAACAGAUGACACAGAUGUAGUAAGUACCGAGGAGAAUACGCUGAAGUCGGAUAGUAAGGACAUCACUUCAGGUACUAUUGACGUGCCAUAUGAUUCGGUGUCAUCACAUGACACGCAGUCGUCGACUAGUGGUAGAAUUAUUGGUGACACCGAUUCCAGUGAACUGGCCGUGAUGGACAACGAACCGUUUAUUUACCAGGUGCAAACAAACAGCGGCAAUGUCGUCUGUGUUUCAAACAGCUUAUAUGUAUUUGAGAUAUGGCGAGCAAUCAAGCAAAAUGCAGCUUCAAGGUUAGAUAACAACAACGAUGAUAAGAGGAAAACAGAAGAUGAUUCUUCUGACGGAAAUGAGGAUGGACCGAAAAGGACCUCAUUUUCUGAGUUUUCUGACAAAUCGGAUGACGAUGAUGAAUCUAUCAUCACUGAGACAAGAAAGGAAAUUAAGAUGAAAGUUGUCGAAUCACCCGCAGGGUACAGCCAGGAUACCACUUUUGAUAAGAACAAUGAUAAUAGGGUGGACGAUACCGCUUCUGCUAUGGACAACACUCUUAACAAGAAGACUACUGACAGCGAUCGAGAUUUGGUGAAAGGCAACGAUGAAGGUGAGGAGGAGCAAAACAAAUACAAUGGCAGCGUCAGGAUUAAUGACAAGAGAGAGUCAAGCAGUUCCAAGAUACAUUACCUGGAGCAACUGAUCCAUAAGCAGUUUUUAGAGCAGACGUCCAAAAUUCAGUCUUUAGAGUUGAUGAUUAUCAAGCUGGAAAAGCAGAUGCUGACCCAAACCUUGCACGAGCAAAAGGAGCUCACUCGUCUGCUGCAACUUGAGAACCAAAUUUUGCAUCUGGAGAACAAGCUGUUGCAACUCAACCAAAGCCAUGCCCUUCUUCACGAAGAGAACGAGAAGAUGAAAUCCAGACAAAGCCAGUACCUCGCUCUCGAGCACAAGGCUGGCGAGCAGAAUCGUGGGCCCGGUCAUGCUGGGUUGUCAGCUGGUGGUGAUGGAAGCACGCACUUGCAACUGGUCUCGGCGCAACAAACGAAAGUGGCAAGGCUGACCAAGCUGCUAAGGAGCCAGGCAGCCGUAGUGACCGGCUGCAGAGGCAGUAUGACCAGCUGGAGGGGCAGAGCAAAGCGCUGGAUCAACUCGUCACCACCCAGGCCAUCGUCUUGUCUCAACUUACGUUAAAGAUGCAGGAACUGGCCGAAGAGAACUUGAAGAUCCGGAAAGAAAUCCUCGAGAUGGGAUCCAAGUUGGACCCAUCAUUGUCAUCCUCUCGGAUUCUGGAGAAGAUAGAACAUCUUUUGCACAAAGGGCUCUCCAUGAGUAGCGCAGGUCGGUCUCCGAGUCAGCCUGAGAUCUUAGCAUCUCAACAGGUGAUGAAAGCGAGUCAGCCAGGAGUUCAAGGAGCAAGAAAGAAGUGGUCAGAUAUUAUGAUAUUUCUACCUUCCUCCUCCGCCGAGAGUCGACAGAGGAAAUGCGAGGGAAAUAAGUCCUCUAGGCUCUGUCUGUACUACAUCAUAAUCAUAACCCAAUGUCCUCCGUUUAGUGCGGUCACGUGGGGUAUAUGUCCUUACUUAGCGAGAGAGUUUUUCAACGAUAGACCUACAGGAACGCCUCAGGUUGGGAGAGUGACAGACGACGCAUUUCACAGAGUGGCAUCUGACACUGCUAACACCGAUACAAAGAGAGCAUCUGUCGGAGAGAGCAGAACAACCACUGGCACAGACCUUCCCAAAGUCCUUCUGCACGCGAAGUUAGACCACGAAGGAACAACUGGAGGAAAGAAAUCUUUCGGGGGCGUCACUGCAGCGGGUCGAGAGGAAAAGCUCAAGACAGAUAACAGUUUGAUUAACAAAUUGGAGUAUCACACGGCUGGAGAGGACAAAAUGGCAGGAGAGACGCUUGAAAGACUUGACUUACCACCAACUGUUUCUGUCCAAGAUGCUCACAGUCCUGGCAUGGGAGGUCAACCAGACAUUGCUCCAAAAGAAACUACAACACGACGCUUCGCUGACCAGGACAAAGCCCAUGAUGGAGAGGUAGUAGAUGUUGUGGACAUUCCGAAAAUACAACCUCAGACGGUCUUGAAAAUACUGGAAGCAGAUGCCCCAGGAAACCCAACCCGAGUUUCAGACAGCUUUGAAAAGCACGGAAAGGGUCAAAUUCUCCCACGACCUGUGAGGGUACUUGAUGGAGCGGUGCAGGAUGAGGAUAACGCUGAUGGAGCAUCUGUAGACGGUGAUCCACGCAGUCGACAAGCAUCUCAUUCGAUGCGUGACCCGGCCUCGUCAGCUCGUCUGGAAGUAGCUACGGCCGACCAGGAGAGCGUGACGAAAGAGACGGCCAAUCGCGACUCUGCAGCGCCAAGCAAGGCCAGUGAAAGCAAAGCUUCUGGGAAGCAGCCUCAUCGGGGCGGGAGCCGGCAGUGGAACAGAUGAACAAACACGUGGAAAUGAAAGCAGAAGAAAUGGAGAAAAAGCUACGGGCCGCAGAAAGACGGGUGUUGUUGUACCCGUCUGUUGAUAACAGGAAACCUCGAGACUGUUAUGACAUCUUGAUCAAGGCUGGAGGUCAAGCUCGGAACGGUGCCUACAAGGUAUUUGUGACCGGCCUUCACCUGUACGUCACUGUAUACUGCGACAUGAAGAAUGGUGGCUGGACGCUGCUCCUGAAACGAGAGGAUGGGUCAGUAGACUUCUACAGGGACUGGAAGGACUAUAAGGAGGGCUUUGGAGGUCCAUUCGGUGAACAUUACUUGGGAAACGAGGUGGUGCACCAUCUCACUAACCAGGGCUACUACAGUCUGCAGGUGGAUCUCAAGGCCUGGGACGGUGAGACAAGAACGGCUCACUACCGUCAUUUAUGGCUAGACAGUGAAGAGCAAGGGUUCCGGCUGCACGUGUUGGGCUAUUCCGGUACCGCCGGCGACGGCCUAGGCAAGCACGACGGCAUGAAGUUCAGCACCAGGGACAUCGACAACGACCUGACUGGUCAAGGAGAUGGGGGGCAGCUGCGCGCGCCGCUUCCAGGGAGCGGGGUGGUACUACAAGUGCUACGCCUCCAACCUCAUGGGGCUGCACUACGUAGACGGGCUGUGCCAGAAAAAAGGUUCGACGGCGUGGCCUGGAAACCCUGGAGGGGGCCCAGCUACUCGCUGAAGGAAGUGGUGAUGAAGAUCAGACCCAUCACCGCGCCUUGAUGACACAGGAGGAAGUGGGCAGAGACCCGGAUGCAGAAUCGUUUUUGCUGGAUGCCAUCGCCUACGUUACUACUAUUUUAAAGCGUCUUAGUGUUACAGAGUCGC